AUGGCCCACAGAUACCAAAGUCCAUCCGAGGCGACGCCAAGGAGCGAUGGUUACCAUGAAGGACUCGAGGUGGCACAUCCUCAACACAGCAACCUAGAGGUCCACUCGCCAUAUGGUGCACCCAUGUCCACGGCGCAUUACCAACACCCCUCGGCGAACAAUUACUCAAACGCCGACGCCGCCACCCAAAGGACGACUGGAUGGGAGUCCAAGACGCUAUAUUCCGACUCGCCCCGCCUUGUAAGCGCAGCAGACCCGGACGUCCACAACCAAGGCAAUGUCGACAAGCAGCGAGGGAAGAAGAUUGGAUUUGUCGUCGGCGCCAUCGCCGCGGUCAUCAUCGCCGGCGUCGUCUCGGGCAUCGUCGGAUGGCAGGUGACAGAGAACAGGACCCGGGGACGCAUCGCGGCCUUGGAGGCGGAGAUUAGGGCGAGCACCGACGGCGGAGUGGUCAACCAGAACGACACCAGAGGCGUGGGUGACUUCAUACAGAGGGGCUCCUCCAUCUCAGUCACCAGCUGGCGCCCGUCCGCAGUGGAGAGGGACUUUGAGAUGCGCGUCUACUACCAGAAACCCGACGGCGGCAACAUCUUCUACUCGCUCUACAGCACAAGCUACGGGGCGUGGUCCAAGCCUAUCGAGGUGGGCGUCAUGCCAAACAGGGAGCGGAGGAGCGAUGAACCAUUAGAGGGGACUCCUCUGGCCGCCACGGUGUCCUGGACGGAGUCGUCGGCGAGGCCCCUGCCCUGGGAGCAGCUCCUCUUCGUCACCAAGGACCGCAAGAUAGCCAUGCAGGACUGGGGUCCCGCUUACCCCCUCUGGGGCACCGUCGCCACGACGUAUACUGAUCUCGGGAACAAGGUCAACCAAGGCGGCAGGGUGAAGUACCUCUGGCCGCACAGCGUCUGGGAGGAGAGCGGCAGCGGUUCCAACUCGGUCAAGCUGACCCACCUGAUCCAGGACUACAAGGAGAGGAAGAACUUCACCACCAUGACCGUCGAUCCCUCAGCGGGCAUCAGCCCGGGCACGGCGAUCGUGGCCCUGCCGAUGAAGUCCUUGUUCAGGGCGCCCGAGCUGCGGCUCGUCUACCGGACCCGCGACGGCAACCUCGGUAUAUUCGACCGGAGCGCAGAAAACAAGACCAAGGAGGCCGUCCUAACCCGGAUAAGUGUGCCUGACAAGGCCCCCAUCACGGGCUUCUCGUCGCGGCCCAACAAUAAUCCGUUGGUGACGACGAAACUUCUUUAUCGGGACGCCGACAACAAGGUCCAGAUCCUGACGCAGAGUGACGGGACGGGUGAACUGAACGACACUGAUCGUUGGGAGGGUCCCGAGACGGACCCCGUCUUUGACAAGAUGGAUAACGACUCGCAACUUGAGUGUCUGACAAACUCAAUAGCAAAGUAUGCCGGUGUCGAGAGGGAGGUUGCCGAGACUGACUUGAUGAGCAGGUGUUUUUUUCAAGAGGGGGGCAAGCUCAAGCAAGUUCACUGGGAUGGCACAGCGUGGAAGACCGUCGGGUUUGUGCCAAUGCCGGCGGAAUAG